AUGAGUGCCUAUGACAUUUACACGGCGUUACCCCCCGCAGGGGGAAAUUGCUCGAUAACUCCACCAAGUGGCAUCUCACUGGAGAGUGAUUCAAUUCUGAGCUGUAGCAACUGGAAAAGUGACAACACUCCUCUGUCCUACCAGUUUCAAUACAGUCUAGGGAACGAUCUGUACAGCGUUUUAUAUGAUGGCCUUAACAGUACCAUAGUUACCUCUUGGAUACCGCCUGGGAACAGUGCAGAUAACUAUACAGUAAAAAUAAACGUUACAGUGACUGAUAAGUUUGGUAUUUCUGCUUCCCCAGUGCAUUUGACGAUUCAGAUCAAGCCAACUCAGCGAGUACAGCCAGCUUCCGUAAACCUCAUGGCAAAUAACAGUUUAUUUAAUGUAUUCAUCAAGAAAAGAAACCUGGAGAAAGCAGCAUUAAUAGCAAAUUCUGUCCUGCGAUCAAUGUCACGAAAACCGUCAAUGGAUUCAAGGGUUAUAAACUACAUCAUUGGAAAAAUGGAGUCUUUAGAAGUGAAAAAUGUUGUAGAAAUUCUUCAGAGUUCAUCCGUGAUUGGUUCCGCUCUCGAGCUUUUGGAAACAGUGUCUCCCGAGUCACUGAAUCUCUCCUUAUCUGCCGUCGGUUCAAUGACGUCACUCCUAUGGUCCAUCGCUCAGUCGAAAGACGUAGCAGACAUACCGCUGAUAACCAAGUCAGCACAAAACUUGGCGUCGUGUCUAGAUAGCGUGUUAAAGGCAGCAGCAUUAAUCGCAUCGAAGGACUUCAAGUCAAGUUUUCAAGAACAGGGAAAGAUACUCGUCAAGAUUUCAAUCAAGGUCCUCGAAAAAGUUGCAGAUUCAGUGUUGGCCCUGACAGUUCCGGAUGACAACACGAUUUCAAUCACGGCAGGGCAAUUGUCCAUGACUCUAGGAAGAUACAGCAUUGAUAGACUUUCAAGGCGGGUGAUAAGGGGAGGAAGAGGCCAGUUUAUCUUACCGACUGAAAGCCGACUGUUAGUUUCUAGAGUUCAUAAAACAAGUUUUGCAGAUGUUCAGAUGCUGUCAUUACCAUUCAACCCCUACACUUGGGAUGGCACAAAUGAGCGAGUUGGUUCCGAUGUUCUAUCCUUGCACUUGAAAAACGACAAAGGUGAGCUCAUGAAAAUAUCAGAUAUCUCGGAAGACAUCACCAUCGUAACACCUUUGAAGUUUCAGGAAAUCCCUACAGAGUGGUCAAAGUAUUUCACAAAAAAAGGCGAUCUAAGUUUUCACGAGAUAAAAGUCAAGUACGAAAACACUCUGCUAAUGCUAGAAAUUAAACCUCGUGACACAACUGUACAUAUGUUUGUCUAUAUGCGUUUUGGUCAGCGGCCAACAACUCAAGACUUCGACCUCAACGCAACUAUCUCUCAUGGUGAAAAGUGCGUUUGGAUGCCAAGUGCGCAUGAGAAAAAAGAGGAUCAGACAUUUUGCUCCUUAAAUUCGCAAGCACCGAUACAAAUUCUAGCUGAGCAGCCUGGGAAAUACUUUCUUGGCUUAAAAAAUUACAAUGCAACAGUGAAUUUGCCUCACAAAAGAGAGAAAAGAUCAUGUUUUGAGGGAAGGCGACGGAAGCGCUCUUGCAACGAAGUCAAAGAUGCACCAGCCACCCCGCCCCGAAGUCAAAUUGUCUCUGUUGUGCCAGCUUAUGAUUCCACGUCAGACCAGAAUUAUAGUCUAAAGGUUUCCUCGGGAAGCUGUGUUCACUGGUCAGAGGAACUUGAGAAAUGGAUAUCAUCUGGCUGUCGGGUUUUAGCAGCAUCAGAUGGAUUUCUAAAUUGUAGCUGCAACCAUUUGACCUCUUUUGGCGGAAGUCUCAUUGUUGAACCGAAUCCUAUUGACUUCGAAGAGGUUAUAGUGCAGUUCCAAAAUUUAUCAGAAACUGGAAAUGUUGCAGUAAUUGUGGCUAUAGCGGUGGUUUUCUUGUGUUAUAUGGUUGUACUUGUUAUCGUAUGGAAAAUCGACAGGAAAGACGCGAAAAAUGGUGGGUUACUGAUCCACCUUCCUUCCUCUUCAAACGGUACGUUUGAGUACGAGAUAGUGAUUACUACUGGGAUCUGGAAAAACGCAGGAACAACCGCACGAGUUGCCAUGGAGAUUUACGGUUCUGGUGGAAAGAGUGGCAUUUUUCAGCUUAGCCAAGAAGAGCCUGGUGUUGUUAACAUGUUAUUCUCUCGAAGUAAUUCGGAUGUUUUUGUACUUUCUCUUAACAAAUCACUUGGGUCGAUACAAGCGGUGCACAUUGGUCAUAAUAACUUUGGAAAUAACCCUUCGUGGUUUCUUGAGGAAAUUCUGAUUCGGGACGUACAAUCCAAUCAGUCGUGGAAAUUCAUGGUUAGUCAAUGGUUUGCUCUCGAGCGAGGAGAUGGGCGCAUUGAGCGAGUUAUUGACUUAACUUCAACUCGAUUAGGUUUUGUCAGCGAUGUUGCAAGGCGUUGGCGACGAGGCCUCACAGAGUGGCAUAUCUGGGUAUCAGUUGCGGCCAAGUUGAAACAAAGCCGCUUCACAAGAGUACAGCGGCUUUCUUGCUGCCUUUCGGUGCUUUUGACAUCCAUGUUUGCUAACGCGAUGUUUUACAAGUUAGGAGGCAAGUAUGAACAACCUAUCCAAGUCGGACCGUUAAAAAUGUCGGGGAGGCAAGUGGUGACUGGAAUUGAAAGCGCGCUUGCUGUAGCACCCGUAAACAUUAUUAUAGUUUUAUUGUUUCAGAAAGGAGCUGAGAAGUCUUAUACAAACAAUGGCUAUUGUCUGAAAGGCAUCGUGAUUACUGGUAUCGCAUGGGUUUUGCUUCUCUGCUCUUGUAUCGCUUCCUCUGCGUUUUCCAUUUUCUACAGUCUGAUUUGGGAAAAGACAGUGAGUGAACAGUGGCUUUCAUCAAUGCUUAUCUCAUUCGCGCAGGACUUAAUAAUCAAGGAACCAGUAAAAGUGUUCUUCACAGCUCUACUUCUCGCAGCCAUUUUAAAAAUAAAAAACAAAAGAUCAACAGAACAUGCCCGCAAAAACUCUCAGCAAGUUAAAAGUAGGUGCUCAAAACAGAGGUUUUGGACACUAAAAUUAUCAGAGGUGGAAAAGAUGAGGAAAUGCCAGGCCAAGAAACAGAACCUGUCACGUUACUUCACAGAGUUGGCUAUCUAUUUGGUUUUCGUUUUCUUGUUAAUGAUAGUGUGCUUUGGAAACAGAAAUGACCAUCGUUACUUGAUGAAAAAAUCAAUCUGGGAUGGACUAGCAAACUUCAAAAAAGUGGCAAACAAUACAAUGUACUGGAGCUGGUUACAGAAUGUUUUCCUUCCAGGAGUGUUUUCCGGCAGAUUGUACAAUGGUCAAGAGGAGAAACAAACAAUUUACAUUGGUGAUAAACACUCCCUUCUUGUUGGAAUGGCUCGAGUAAGGCAAUUCAGAGUGAAAUCGACUCAAUGUAAAGUCCUUAAAUUCAUGGACACAUUGUUCCGAGAAUGCUUCGAGGGAUACUCGACGAAGAACGAAGACAAGACCGCAUACAAUAAACCAGGCUGGAGGCCUUUGGACAAUGCUACGAGGAAUGACGAGUUACUACUACUUUGCCCAAAGCCAUGGCGAUAUCAACAUGCUGAGGAAACAGAUAUUGUACCCAAGUGGGGCCAGUUCUCCUUUUAUCAUGGAGGAGGAUUUGUAGCAGAUCUCGGGUACGAGAAUCAUACUGGAUUCAACAUAGUAACAAGCUUACAAAACAAUGGUUGGCUUGACAGGCACACCGCAGUUGUCCUUGCAGAGUUUUCGACAUUUAACCCAUCAGUAAACAUUUUAGGUGUUGCCACAUACUUCUACGAAAUCGAAUCAUCUGGACUGAAAGCAGCCUCUACGCAAAUCAGUGUCCUUUUCCUUCAUUCUACGGACACAACCUGGCAUAAGUUUUAUUUGAUUUGCUUGUUUCUAUUUAUUGUCUUGGUUUUUCUGUAUUCUGGAAGAGGAAUCUUCAGGAUUUACAAUUAUCGUUCUCGAUAUUUCAAGUCGAAGUGGAAUUGGGUCGAGAUAUUCCAACUUGUUUUCUCUCUGUUGGCGGUGGUAAUGCACAUAAUGCGACAAAUUAAAGUUACUUCAACGAUGAGAAAACUGCGAGAAAACAUUUACGCAAAUAUACAUUUCCAAGAAGCUAUUACUUGGCAACAGGCAGAAAAUGGUGUACUUGGUAUCUUGAUGUUCAUUGUUACCACAAAACUCUUACGAGUCAUUCGUUUUAACAAGCAUGUAGUUGUGUAUUCCAAAACACUGAAGAUAUCUUGGCGAUCAUUAUCUUCCUUUAGCAUUGUCUUAUUGACUUUAUUUAUCGCAUUUUUGCAUUUCGGCGUCUUGAUGUUUGGCUCUGUAUCUGAGCGUUACUCUUCGGUGUUAAAAGGGGCUUAUUUCCAACUCGAGAUAACUCUUGGACGAGUAAAAGCCAGAACAAUUAAUGAGCUAGCGGAGGCAAAUACCAUAUACGCCAAAAUAUUCGCCUUCCUAAUACUUUUUACUCUCUCAAUCCUCUGCAUGAACCUUUUCAUUGCCAUGAUAAACGAUGCUCUUUUGGAGGCAAAGAGAAACGUGAACGAAAGUGAGCUGCAUGAACUUACUGAUGAUGAUAUCUGCUCGAGCUCAAAAGAAAGAGGAGGAUUUUUCGAUGCAAUCAGUAAAACACUUAAACAGUGGACGGUAUCCCAAACGUGCGAAAAAGAGGAGAACAGUGAAUUAGAAAACGUUGGCAUUCAUUUCAAGAAGAGUUCAACAUUUAACUUUGAUGAGAUAAGUCAGUCUACAGAAUUAUUGAGGGAGGAGAUAGCCAGAGAAAAAACAGAAGAACAUCGAUGCAGCAUAAGGAGACAAUCAUUCUUUGACAACAUAAGCAGCAUGUUAAAAUCCGCGAAAUGUGAAAACAAUAACGAAUGCGGCAAAGGGAAAGAAAAAAAGAAAGUAAGAUUUCAAGAGGAUGUUAUUGAGUCUUCUUUUCGAAAACUACGUAAAAGAAAGCAAGACUUGUUGCAACGGCUGAACAGAAUUGUGUCAGGAUUCUCAGAAGAGGACAGAGAAUUUGAUGAUUUAUUAAAAGCAGCAGAGGCUCAGAAUUAUUGGAUUGAGAGAUAA